AUGGAAAUCUUCACGAAAAAACUCAACAAUACUGAUAUUGAGAGAAGACUGUUGCUUCCAGAAAACUAUCUAAAGGAUUUCCCGAUAGGCCAUGAGGCAAAUUUGGAGUUUAAAGACGAGGAUGGAAAAGUGUGGACAUUUCGUUGUAGAGUCCCACCAGGAAGCCAUUCAAAACCAGCCCUUUUUGGGGAUUGGUUUUUAUUUGUUCGUAUAAAGGGUCUCAGGAUCGGCGAUGUAAUCAUAAUCGUCUUGGAUGAAGAGAAGGAUAUAGCUGCCGGAGGACAUUUCAAAAUCAAGCUAAUCAAUAAGAUGAAAGCAGCUCGAUUGGUGAGUAUAGUGCAAGUCUUAAGGACGGAAUCUUUUAGCUUCUGCAAUGCUUGCAUUAAAGCUGUGAUUCCACUGCUGUUUUUAGCUGGGGCUCUUGAAGUGGCCGGUCUUUGCAUACUUUAG